AUGCUCUCCAGAGAGAAAUAUGAUGCUUUUCGCAUUGGGUCUGCCAACAACGAGCCGAUCAACGUCCGACGAUGCUACGAAUGCAACUUCAUCAUUGAUGGUCAUCGAAGCUAUGGUAACGGGAGGGCGCUACUUUUCAUAGCUUGGCUCAACCAAAGCGUAUCUUCAAUUGGAAGUGGGCGACGUCUCAAAGCAGCUACUCACUAUCAACACGCACUGUGGAUUGUACCGCUUCAUUCGACUACCUUUGGAUUGAAACCAGUUCCUGGUAUAUUCCAACAAUAUAUGGAUGCUCUUAUCGCUGGAUUAGAUGGAACUGCCGCCUAUCUCGACGACAUACUGGUUACUGGUAGAACCAUCGGCGAACACAAUGCCCGAUUAGAGGUCGUAUUCAAGCGGAUUCAAGACUACGGACUUCGCGUUCGACUCGACAAAUGUGCUUUUCUGCAGGCGGAGAUCACCUACCUUAGGUUCGUCAUCAAGGCGCAAGGACUUCAGUCAACUUCGCUCUUUUGA